CAAUGGCCAGUAGAGGUCACACAUUAGCCAAUCACAUGUCAGUGUAUUGUCACCGCCCUCUGAGCUCACGGUCUUCUAGUCUUUAAAAGCCGCUUGCUGAGUGUAGUUCUGCAUUCGCUUUUCUACGAAGAAGAGUUUUGACUUCAGUCAUGGCAAGAACAAAGCAGACCGCUCGUAAAUCCACCGGAGGCAAAGCGCCCAGGAAGCAGCUCGCUACCAAAGCUGCCCGUAAGAGCGCCCCAGCUACCGGCGGUGUGAAGAAACCUCAUCGUUACAGGCCCGGUACCGUAGCUCUGAGAGAAAUCCGCCGCUAUCAGAAAUCCACUGAGCUGUUGAUCCGUAAGCUGCCUUUCCAGCGUCUGGUGAGAGAAAUCGCCCAGGACUUCAAGACUGACUUGCGCUUCCAGAGCUCCGCCGUCAUGGCCCUGCAGGAGUCCAGCGAAGCUUAUUUGGUCGGCCUGUUUGAGGACACCAACCUGUGCGCCAUCCACGCCAAGAGGGUCACCAUCAUGCCCAAAGACAUCCAGCUGGCUCGCCGCAUUCGGGGUGAACGCGCCUAAACUCAACGUCACCCACAUCAACACAAAGGCUCUUUUAAGAGCCACCACAAUUCCACUGAA